UGACUAGAUAAAGGUCUUGUUUGCUUCCCUUACAUCGAGUAUUUCAAUUCUCAACCCUGCUAUUCCUUGACAAUUUAUUGGUCACGUUGGUACCAGUUUUUCAGAUUUGUGAUAUCUUUUAGGUCUUGAUGACGGCAAAAAUAAUUGUGAUUCAUUUAAUUUGAAAUCGUUCUAUAAAUGUGUAAAUGUAUAACAUGAAUGUCUCGGAGUUAAUUCGACAAGCUGUCGCUAACGAAAACCAUAAUUUCCGAAAGGUUAUAUUAAAUGUAGCAGUUGGAUUAAAGGGUUGCGGAUUUUUCGAUAAGGAGGACUGGAGAAAAACGCUCGAACAGUGCUUUGAACAGACGAGUACAGAAAUGAAAUUCGAUUCGACCGAGCUAUGGGAUGUAGAUAGCUCUUAUGAGAUUACCUUCGCAAAUAUCUUAGCAGAGUCCACGCCUUCUACAUCCGUUCGAGCUGAAACCGGAAAACGAGUGAAACGUUCUUCCACAUUACUUUACGAAGACGACUCGUUACAGGACACAAGAAAAAGAUUGAAAAAGUCACCAAAGUUACGUCACGAUGACGACAAAGUCGCAAACAUUUUAGCUGACUUGAAAGAAGCCAAUUGGCGGGAAAUUGUACCAACGAUUAAUGACGAACAAACAGUUCAAUACGAAAAUGUUUUCGAAAGAGCCAAGCGAAUUAGAGAGGCUGAGACUUCUUGUGAAGUCAGUCCCUCCUCAAAUUUACUGCCUGUUGCCUUACAGACCGUAAGUGAGCCAGUUCAGAACGAAAUGACGAUCUGCAGUUCGAUUAAGAAACGCCGAUAUGCGAUUUACCUGCCAUCACCGAAGAAAAGAGCCGUAUCUUCGACGGUGUCAGACGUUUUGCCAGUUCCAGUUUCGGAGUUGGUGGCGAACAUUUCGGAAAAUGAAAAUUCCAUUAAUGCAGACACGUCAAAUGAUACGUUAAGGGAGGGAAAUGUUACACUCACAAACAAACGGAAAAGACGAACCGUUCGAAGUAAAAUUCGACCGAUGGCUGCUUACUCUGAUGUAUGUGCUGCCAACAUUACCGAACUACAGGUCAUCUAUUUUCCACGUACAUCAGUUUUGUUUACAAUGAUCGAUUCAUUGCAAUACCAAAACACCCUUUCCAAAUACAACAUUGCCGUGGCCUACAUCAACGACAACUAUGACUAUGUAAUCGCCGAGCGGAUUUGUUGUUCUCCCGAAUUUCUGACCGCAGUCGUCAGUGGCAGACCGAUUGUAUCGAUUGAAUGGAUUCAUGAUCUCAGCGAAACGAACGUUUGGUUGGAUCCGUUAAACUAUUUGCUGAAAGACGACAAUGGCGAGAAAGAAUACAAUUUUGAUCUUGCUGUUACCCAGAGAAUGGCAAGAAGCAAAAGAUUAUUCGAAAACUAUUCCAUAUUGGUCACUCCACACAUUGAUGCCGACUUGAGAGGUGUGGUUCUUAGUGGCGGUGGAAGAUUUCUACAGACCAAUGUGACAGCAACGUCAGCCGACGAAAUACUUUGCGUUUCGGAUGAGACAGAUAAGCAAAUGUGGCCGAAGCUACAACGGAAAUAUCCGAAUCUGAAAAGAAUCAUCAGCCUGGACGGCUUCUUGAAAAUGAUUUUCCAAUACACUCACGAUAUCAACAUGGAGGAUGUGUUCUAUCCAAUUUGAUUUGUGUGGGAAAAUGUGCGAUCAGUUCGCAUUAAAAAUGUUUGCGAAAAAUUUUGUGUUGAAGAGAGUCUGUUAAUGAACCUCACAUUUAGAAUUUUGAUAUUCUUCAAAAACAACGGCAAAUAUAAGACGUUUAUAAACACAAUUUUUCGAACUUUA